UAUGAAAUGAGCAGAAAAAAAUCCCUUAAAGACUCAGAAACCUUAGUGUCUGAAAAUGGGAUGUUCAAGCUUGGUUUCUUUAGCCCAAUCAAUUCAAGUGAUCGAUACGUUGGAAUAUGGUACAACGUUAAUGGGUCUGAUCAUACACACGAAGUCGUAUGGGUAGCCAACGGAAACAACCCAAUAAAAGACGACGACACUUCUGGCGUGCUCAAAAUAUCAAAUGAUUUUAAUCUUGAAAUCUUUUCAGAAAAACAAAACAAGACAUUUUGGUCAUCAAAUGGGUUAAUUAGCGAAGCUCCGAAAAACAGCACACCAUUUGCAAUGCUUAACGACCAAGGGGUGCUGGAAUUGUCGUCCGAAUAUAAUGUUACAUCGUAUCCGAUCUGGACCAGUACUGCCUUUGGUACGAGUCUCUUGCCGGGAAACACGAUAUUUAUUAAUAAGUAUAAUAAUUCUCAUGAUGAGAAUUUGAUUCUUUGGUCAUGGAAAAGUGCUUCCAAUCCCUCUAAUGGAAGUUUUUUUCUUAGACUUAUUCCGAUGCCAUUUCCAGAAUUUGUCACGGAGUAUGUUCACAAUAAUAGUGAUAGUAAUAGUAAUCGUACUUAUUGGAGAACAACUUAUUGGAGAACAGGGCCAUGGAAUGGUAAUCAAUUUAACGGUGUACCCAGUUUGACUAAGGAAGCUGGUAAUGGGUUUCGAUUUAUGUCUGAUGAAUAUGAAGAUCUUAAUUUUAUAUUUUUAGCGUCAAAUUUAUCAUUGUUGGAACAUUAUGUAUUAAAUUACGACGGGAAUGUUUUACAAAAGACUUGGGAUUAUAAUACCAAAAAAUGGUUGAUUGCGUGGCAAUCGAUGGCCUCUGAUUGUGAGUAUUAUGGUAAAUGUGGUUCAUUUGGAAAUUGUAACGCCAAAAAAUCGCCGAUAUGUAGUUGUUUAAAUGGGUUUGAGCCAAAGGAUAAGGCUAAAUGGAGAAAAGGUGAUUGGAGUAAUGGGUGUGUUCGAAAAACGCCAUUGCGAAAGUGUGGUAAUAAAGAAGGAAAAGAAGAUGGAUUUUUAAGGCUGAAAAAUAGAAAAGUGCCUGAUUUUGCUGAAUAUUUGAUAGUGAAAGGUAAUGAAGAUGAAUGUAGGAUUAAGUGUUUGCAAAAUUGUUCGUGUUUAGCUUAUGCGUAUCCUAAGGAUGUCGGAUGCAUGCUAUGGAGUAAUAGAAGCUUGAUCGACAUACAAGAAUUUACUUCUGUUGGUGGUGCGGAUCUUUUCAUUCGUUUGGCUCAUUCGGAUCUAGGUCAAAAAUUAUCUAACAACCAGUAUAUAGUAAGAAAAGAAGACUUUAAAGAUUUAAUAUUCUUUAAAUUUAAGGAGUUGGAGGUUGCCACCAACUAUUUUUCGGAUACAAACAAACUUGGAAGAGGUGGUUUUGGUCCCGUGUAUAAGGGAAAACUAGAAGAUGGACAACAAAUAGCGGUUAAAAGACUUUGUAGUCCAUCAGGACAAGGAUUACAUGAAUUUAUGAAUGAAGUUGUGUUGAUCUCUAAACUUCAACACAAAAAUCUUGUUAGACUACUAGGUUGUUGUGUGCAAGGAGAAGAGAAAUUACUAGUUUAUGAAUACAUGUCCAAUAAGAGUUUGGAUGCACUUCUAUUUGAUUCAUCACUUCAAAAAAAAUUAGAUUGGAAGAAGCGCUUUGAAAUCAUUAAUGGAAUAUGUAGAGGCCUCCUUUAUCUACAUAGAGAUUCAAGAUAUAAGAUUAUUCAUAGAGAUCUUAAAGCAAGCAACAUUCUACUAGACGAAGAGCUAAAUCCAAAGAUAUCAGACUUCGGAACAGCUAGGAUAGUUGAGACAAAGCAAGGUCAAACCAAUACUAAAAGGGUUGUCGGCACAUAUGGUUAUAUGUCACCUGAGUAUGCUAUGAAAGGUCGAUUUUCAGAAAAGUCAGAUGUAUUUAGUUUGGGAGUGUUACUUUUGGAGAUUGCUUGGAAAUUGUGGACGGAGAAGAAUAUGCUUUCGUUGGUUGAUGAAACCAUUAGAGACCCAAGCUUUGAAAGUGAGAUGUUGAAGUGCGUACAAUUAGGGCUUUUGUGCGUGCAAGAAUUUCCAGAAGAUAGGCCAACCAUUUCAGCACUGCUUUAUAUGCUUGAAGUUAACGAUGUUAUGGAUCUCCCACAUCCAACACAACCUGCUUUUACUCAUAGAAAUACUUGUUCUACUCACAAUUCACAAUCUAUUAACCAAAAAGUUAUAUGGGUAGCCAAUCCAAACAACCCAAUUAAAGACUCUUCUGGUGUGCUUAAACCAAUUGAUAAUGAUUUUAAUUUUGAACUCAUUUCAGAAACACAAAACAUUACAUAUUGGUCAACACAUGGGAAUACUGAUGAUAAUCCAAAAAACACAACACCAGUUGCUGAACUCCAAGAUAAUGGGGACCUGCUAAUAUUCACUGAAUAUAAUGAAACGGCGGAAGAUAGGUAUUUGGUUUGGGAGUAUCUCUUUGCUUAUAAGAAGGUGCUGAUGCCAGAAACCAGAUUAUUUCUUUAUAAGGAUACUUUUUAUGAUCUUAAGUUACGGUCUUGGAAAAGUGCUUCUGAUCCCGCUGAUGGAAGUUUUUUUGUUAGACUAAAACCGGUUCCAUUUCCGGAAUUCGUCACGGAGUAUGUGAAUGGCAGUUAUAAAAAACGUACUUAUUGGAGAUCUGGCCCUUGGAACGGGAAUCAUUUCAACGGUGUUCCUAAUUUUACUACCGCCGCUGGUAAUGGAUUACAAAUUUUGAGUGAUGAAAAUGAAGGUACGGUUGAUUUUAUGUUUUCAGUACAAAAUGAAUCAAAAUUGGAACAUUAUGUUUUAAACCAUGACGGUAAUUUUUUGCAAAAGAGUUGGGAUUAUGGUAAAAAGAAAUGGUUGAUUGCAUGGCAAUCGAUGGUAUCUGAUUGUGAGUAUUAUGGCAAAUGUGGUCGAUUUGGAAAUUGUAACGCCAAAAAAUCGACGAUAUGUAGUUGCUUAAAUGGGUUUAAGCCAAAAAAUAAGGCUAGAUGGAGUAAAGGUGAUUGGAGUCAUGGGUGUAUUCGAAAAACACCGUUGCGAAAAUGUGGUGAUAAAGGAGGCAUAGAAGAUGGAUUUUUGAGGCUUCAAAAUAGAAAAGUGCCUGAUUUUGGUAAGUUGGUAGUAAAAGCUAAAGAAGAUGAAUGUAGGAUCAAGUGUUUGAGAAACUGUUCGUGUAUAGCAUAUGCAUUUCCUAAGGAUGUCGGGUGCAUACAAUGGAUUAAUAGAAGCUUAAUCGACGUACAAGAAUUUACUUCUGGUGGGGCAGAUCUCUACAUUCGUUUGGCUCAUUCAGAUCUUGGUCAUAAAUCAUCAAACAAAGUAGCAAGACUCAAAGAGUAUCGUAUAAAUGAAAAGGAUUUAAAAGAUUUAACAUUGUUUAAAUUUAAAGAAUUGGAGGUUGCUACCAACUAUUUUUCGGAAACCAACCAACUUGGCCGAGGUGGUUUUGGUCCUGUUUAUAAGGGACAACUAGAGGAUGGGCAAGAAAUAGCAAUUAAAAGACUUUCUAGCCUAUCUGGACAAGGACUACAAGAAUUUAUGAAUGAAAUUGUUUUAAUCUCAAAGCUUCAACAUAGAAAUCUUGUCAGACUAUUAGGUUGUUGUGUGCAAGAAGAGGAGAAACUACUAGUUUAUGAAUUCAUGUCGAAUAAUAGUUUGGAUGCACUUCUAUUUGAUUCGUCUCAUCAAAAAGAAUUAAAUUGGAAGAAGCGCUUUGACAUCAUUAUUGGAAUAUGUCGAGGCCUCCUUUACCUACAUAGAGAUUCAAGAUUAAAGAUUAUUCAUAGAGAUCUUAAAGCAAGUAACAUUUUACUUGAUGAUGAGCUUAUUCCAAAGAUAUCAGACUUCGGAUUGGCAAGAAUAGUCGAGACAAAGCAAGAUGAAGCCAGUACCUUAAGGGUCGUUGGCACAUAUGGUUACAUGCCACCUGAGUAUGCUAUGGAAGGUCGAUUUUCAGAGAAAUCGGAUGUAUUUAGUUUAGGAGUGCUGCUUUUGGAAAUUGUCAGUGGGAAGAAAAACACAAGCCAUCUCUUGCCUGAAUCUAUGAGCCUGCUGGCAUAUGCAUGGAAGUUAUGGACGGAGAAGAAUAUAGUUGAGUUAGUUGACUCAAGCAUAUUAGAGUCAAGGUUUGAAGGUGAGAUGAUGAAGUGCAUACAAUUGGGGCUUUUGUGUGUGCAAGAAUUUCCAGAAGAUAGGCCAACCAUGACAACACUCUUUUCCAUGCUUCAACAUGAUAAUGUUACGGAUCUCCCACAUCCAACACAACCUGCAUUUACUCAUACUCAAAGGGAUACUUCUCCAAUCCACAUUACACCUUCUAUCAAUCAAUGUACUUUCACUCAAUUUACUGCUCGAUAA